AUGAAAUCGGUAGCUGUUCAGGAAGCUAUAACAGUUGCUAGACUGAAAGCUAAAAAAAGUAACUUGGUGUAUGGUUGUGGUUUUGGGAAAACAGGGAGUCUUUUUACGAAAGUGUUGCGAGAAACCGGACAAAAUGGAUUCAAGAAACCUCGACAAAUUUUGUAUUUUAAUUCACCUGGUCGACGACAUUUUCUGGUUGCAUCCAAAAAAGCAGUUUAUGCAUUUGGUGAUAACGCUCAUGGGCAGUGUGGACAGGAUCCUGAAAAUGUGCCCUUCGUAAGACUGGAAAAUAAGCCAUUUCAAAAAAUUAUGAUUCCUUCGGAUUCAAAAAUUGCUGAAAUACAUUGCACGCUAGAUACAUCAUUCAUCAUUCUGGAUUCUGGUGAAGUGUUUUCAUUUGGAUUAGGUACAGAUGGACAGUUAGGACGUGGAAUAUGUAAUUAUGAUUGGCGGUGUCUACCAAUUGAAGGUGAUUUGAAAGGAAUGAAGGUAGCAGCUUUAAAAGGAAGCACGGAUACUUUGAUGGCGGUGACAGAAAGCGGUGAAUUAUUCAUGUGGGGACAGAAUGAAUACGAACAGAUGCAUCCAUUUGUGAAGGAUAUUCAAAGUGGUUUUCCAUGUGAAAUUCGUCUUUCCAUGGAGAAAAUUAUAGCAGCAGAUUCCACAGCAACUUCUUGCAUAGCAUUAACGGCGGUCCGAAUGAUUCGGGUAAAGUGA